AUGUUGCUGCUCUUUGGUGUAAUUUUCUUGCUACUCUUUCUGCUGGAUUACAUCAGGAAAAACUAUUACUAUCGAUUUUCCCGAUCGAUUCCCUCGAUACCGGGAAGUUAUCCCAUUCUGGGGAAUGCAUUGCUAUUAUUGGGCAAAUCAGAGCAGCAACGGUUCGAAAAUUUCAAGUUCGUCUUCAGCCAUACCAAGCGCCUGUCGAAAACGUGGCUCGGUCCUCAACUGGUUGUUUGUGUGGCACAUCCGGAUUUGGUGCAGAAGAUUCUUAAGGAACCCAGCUGCUGUGAAAAGCCAUUUUUCUACGAUUUCAUCAAUCUGGAACAUGGUCUAUUUGCCGCCAAAUACAAAGUUUGGAAACCCUACCGAAAGGUUCUAAACCCGACGUUUAACACCAAAGUGCUGCAUAGUUUUAUUCCAAUCUUUCAAAAGUGCUCCCAGAAGAUGGUGCUGAGGAUGGGUCUCGGCCAAAGUGCCCGCCAAAUGCCGGUGGAUGUGCUGGAGUUUGCCCUGGAGUGCACUCUGGAAAUGGUUUGUGCCACGACGCUUGGAACGGAUGUCUUCCGACGGGAAGGGAAGGAUAACUUUUUACGUUGUUUACGAAAGCUAUUCGGGCUGUUGGCUACACGAGUGCUGAGUGCCGAAAUUUACAGUGAUGUUAUUUACCGGUUGACGCGAGGCUACAGGGAGGAACAGCGAUGUCGGCGAGUCUGCCACGACUUUACUUACAAGAUAAUUCAAGAAAGAAAAAUUACUCUGGCAAACAAUCCGCCAACCAAAGACUCCGAGGAUGGAUUCGAAACAAGAACGCCAAGAAUAUUCAUCGAUCAGGUACUAUCAAUGGGUGACGACGAAGCUAAACUAUCGGAUCAAAUUCUUUUUGAACAGAUCCUCACCAUCAUUGCUGCGGGAUACGACACUACAGCUCAAAUGAUUGCUCACACCUGCUUAUUUUUGGCAAUGCUUCCGGAAGUGCAGGAAAAACUUCACAAAGAAAUAGUAACCAAAAUACCAAAUGAAAAUGACCAAUCGGAUCCAGAAAUCCUCAAAUCUCUACCAUACCUGGAAAAGGUCAUCCGGGAAAGUCUGCGGCUGGCUCCGGUUGGCCCUAUCAUUGCCCGAGUUAACCUUGCAGACAUCGAGCUGGACGAACACAAGAUUCCAAAAGGGAACUUAUUCGUAUUCAAUUUCUACGAUUUGCAUCGCCGGCCAGACAUUUGGGGACCAAAUGCGGACCAAUUCGAUCCGGAAAAUUUCACCCCGGAACGGAUUCAGCAGCGACAUCCCUUCGGAUAUUUACCUUUCAGUGGCGGAUCGCGAAAUUGCAUCGGCGAACGAUACGCGAUGUUCAGCACCAAACUGAUGCUGAUUGCCAUCGUUCGGAAUUUCCAGCUCUCAACCGAUAUCGAAUAUUCCGAUCUGAAGUAUCUGCUCGACAUUACGUUGAAUUUGGCCUUUAAGCAUAUGAUUAGAUUAAACCCACGCGCCCACCGGAUGGAAUAAUCCUCCUUGGCGACUGCUUGCUGCCUGAAGAAGACAUUUGCGUUACCGCAUUUUAUUCAUUUUUCCAAUUUGAGUGAUGCAGCUUGAGGGCGGAAGGAUGAACUGUUGUUUCUCUGUAUGAAGGCACUUGGUACAUACCGCUUCGAGGGAGGAAAAUAUGUCGCGAUUUACUCAUGUGACCUUUCUCAUUUCCAUAAUGUAAUCUAUUAGGCGUUCGUGUUGUUAUGAAUAGGAAAUGACAAGCGGGAAACGACGCGAGAUAAAAACAAACAUGGUUGCAAUCGGUUCAUCGUAACGAGAAGUGGGUGUUAUGAAAUAAG